AUGGGAGACUCUAUUCCACCUAACAUGAAAGCUCUCAGACAAGAAGGUAUUGACUUAUACCUCAAAAAGGACUUUACCCAAGCUAGAUUGAAAUUUCAACUAAUCUUUGAAGAAAUGAAAGUACUCGAGAAUCAAGUCGAUCUUGCUCAAUUUCGACACAGCUUAAAUUUAGACUUAGCUGAUACCUGUGUCCAACUAGAACAAUAUCAGCAAGCCUUUGAAUACGCUGAAACAGCAACUAGAAUAGGCAACAGUUUACAAGACCAAGUUCGAAUCGCCGAAGGUUUAGACAAACAAGGAGAAGUUAAGCAAAAGCUAAAGCGCAGCCAUGAAGAUAUUUUAAGUGAUUUAAUGAAAUCUUUACAGCUAAAAUCAAAAGUAAAAGAAUGUGAUGGUUUGAAAUUGGCUCGAACCUAUGAUCUUCUUGGCGUAGAAAAUCAAAAAAAUGGUAAAUUUAAGGAAGCUUUAUUGAUGUUUGAAAGAUCCCUAAACGCGAAAUUAAAUGCAAUAGGCUGUGAUAGCGAGGAAGUUGGCGACUCUUAUGCCCUUAUUGGACAUAUUUGCGACGAUCUCGGUAAAUAUCUAAGUAGUGACGGAAUGUAUCGGUUAGCACUUGGUAUUUAUGCUACCAUAUUUCCAGAACAUCAUCCUAAAACGAUCUCGGCCUAUGAUGGUGUAAUUAAUGCUCGAGUAAAAUUGAGAAAAUUUGACGAUGCUCUUGAACUAAAACAAACUGUCGAUAAACUACGCCAAAAAGCACGGAAAAGUAACGACUGCUUUGAUAUUCCAUCAUUAUAUUCCUUAUACCCCUUGUCCCAAGCAUCGCCAUCAAAACCCUCCAGUUGUAAAGCAAAAGGAUCAAUCAUAGGAGAGAUAAUACGCUAUAAUACUGAUGGAGUUGUACCUGUACCCCUCAUUCCGCAGCAACAUGGUGGUGUUAUGAUCCAUCCGAAAUUUGGAGAAAUUACAGGCUUCUUUCAUACGAAAUAUUUCUUGUCCUAUUGGGCCUAUUUACACGAAGGAAAUUGCCGGUCUGAUGGUAUGCGAAUAAUGUUAUUAGGUUCUCAAAGUGCGGGGAAAUCUUUCAUUGCCAAGUUAUUAUCUCAAGAUGAAAUCAUGAAAGAUAUCCUUUCACAGACUCCAAGAGUUACGUUUUAUAACAUGGCUAAUAUUGCUGGUUAUUACCCCUGUGAACAUGAAAUAAGGAAAGAUUAUCGUCGAGAAUUAGACAAGAAAACAAUUACUGGAAUGGAGUUAAUUCAACAAAGUGCUAAAUUGGAAAGCAUACGAACAGCUUUGGUGAAAAAAGCCAAUCCAGAUGCAAAAAAUGGCUUCGUUGUAUGGGAUCCUAAUGAUGAAGAAAAAUAUAAAGAUUCAAAAGCAGAUGCAGAAUUACAUAAUCAAAUACAAAGUCGCAUUAAUGCUAUCCGCCAGCAAUAUGUUACUGUAUGGCAUUUCGGUUGGCGAGCACAUCAAUAUUUGAGUCAUCAGCCAUUUAUGCCCGUCAAUGGUAUUUACAUUCUUGUUUUUAAUCUAGCUCAAGAGAUGGAUGAAGAAGUACAGACAAGAGAUGGUUACCCAACCAGCAUGACCUAUCGAAGUGUAAUGCGAGAAUGGGUAUUUUCGAUCGUUGAUGGUUACCCAACGAAGAAAAGAAUUAACGUUAAAAUAGGUGUUACUCAUCAUCAGUUAGCCCUACCGAUCAUCUUACUGGUAGCAUCUCAUGGCGAUCUCAUUGAAAAUCAAGAUAUACGAAGGCAUCAUUUUAAACAAUUUAAAUCCAAUUUACUCUCCAUUUUACCAUCCGAUUAUAAGCAACAUAUUUUCUCAACAGAUAUCAUCUUUAAUUGCAAUCCAGACGACAAGAGCCAGAAUGCAAUACAAGAACGUCAACAAUGUUGUCACCAGUUGCAUAAAUUUAUUACAGUAAUUGCAAACUGUCUCCCUUUCAUCACUAAUCCUGUACCCAUUCGAUGGUAUAUUACAGCAGCAAUAUUGCGUCUGGCACAAGAUGAUAAUGUUUCAUCAUCAAGGCCGGGUGGUAAUCAGUUUCAUGGCGAGGAAGUCAAUAAAAUUAUGUUACUUUCCCAAGUGUGCGAUAUGGUUAAAAAUUAUGGAAUCUAUUUCGGUGAAGAAGAUGUCCAAAAUAUGUUACUCUAUUUACAUGAUAUUGGAAUAAUCCUGUAUUACCCCAAUGGUGACGAUGGUAUAGUGAUCACUGCGAUCGAUUGGUAUUUAGGAAUACUUCGUGCAUUUAUAAUACUAGAUGGCCACCGAGCUCAAAAUUUAACCAUUAAGCGAUGUUUUUACAACGCACGCCAGGCUGGAAUCUUGGAAGAAAAUUGCAUUGAUAGUGUUGUGGUCCGAUUUGGUGCAGCCAUUUUCAAAGAGCUCAUCAUUAAAUCCAUGGAAAUGGCUGAUAUUAUUUGCGAAAUUAAAAAUCCUGAUUGCAAAGACGACCAAAGAAGAUAUUUUGCACCCCAAUUAUUAGAUGUUCAAGCUCACGAUUUUAAUUUAAGUCGCUAUCAAGUCUCAGAAUGGCUUUAUGUUGGUUAUGAUUCGCAAGAUAUUACCUACCUUGCAGAUGGUGUUUAUGACUGUUUCUUGACAAAAUUUGUAAAAGAAUGGAAAAAUGUUGACGUAGAACUGCGUGAUCGUUGCGCUAAAUUCUAUCUCCAAGAUGAUCGCUAUUUCAUUUUGAUAAAGAAACAGGAUUGCCAUAUUGCUUUACGCUAUUUCUAUGAACCAUCUAAGCCAUCAUCGACAAAUCAGCUGGAUGAGAUUAAGUUGGCGAUUUCUGAAAAGCGUCCGCAAAAUUUCAUAAGAGAGAAAUUAGAGGCAGCUGCUAAGCAAAGAAUUUAUAGAUUACGACAAUAUAAAUGUCAGUUCUACCUUAAAUGUAAUUUAUGUCAAAAACUCAAUUGCCUAGGCAAUAAAAGUCAACAGCAAGAGAUUUCAAAAGAUGGAAGAUGCUCAAGUUGCAAAAUGCAAUUUAAUUGCCAGUCUUUGAUAGAUUGGAGUAUGUGUAACUAA